AUGGACCGUCGAAUCUACGUCCUAGCUCACAAUGGACGUCAGCCAAUCAAGGCGAAGCACUACGAGCCAAUCCACGUACGAGUUCACAAUGGAACUCAACCAAUCCACGUACGAGUUCACAAUGGAGCUCAACCAAUCCACGUACGAGCUCACAAUGGAGCUCAACCAAUCUACGUACGAGCUCACAAUGGAGCUCAGCCAAUCAAGAUGAGCUUCAAACCAAAUAGCCAUAAAGCCCUGGGAGAUGAGGAGUGGAUGGCAAGACUUAGGGCAUUUGCCAGCGAUGGGGUUUGGCCGUCAAAUGCAGGGAAUAGACCUGCCCCGAGGCAGAAGAAGUGGCAUGCUCUCUAUCAGAAGCCCAACUUGGUUGCUCGGAAACCACCGGGCCCCUCUCUGCCCUCUCUGAGGACCCCUAGCCUGGCUUCAUCAUCCACAACACCGACACACAUCUGCCAGACAGUUUCACCUGAGGAGCCUGCAGCGUGUGUGCAACAGUCAGAUGCAGCUGGUGAUGCAGGACCUGGCUGGUUGCCGAGUGAGAUGAGGAAGACCAUUCCUGUAAAGGACCAGAGAUGGAUGGGAAAUACCCUCUUUCAUGCCGGCAAAGUGCGCCCAGAUUUCAAGUUGUGGUAUGAGCCUCCUGUACCAGCCCUCAUCUACCACCAGGUACCAACACCCGAUCGUUUUGUUACCCACCGGCUUCUGGUGUGGAUGCCCUAUCAUCAGUGGAAAGUUAGGGUGUUCUGCCAAGCUUGUGGGAAGCAUCUUACGAGGGCUGGUGUUCCACAACAUGCUCCUGCUCUGUCUCCCACUAAAGCACCCCGAAAACUGACCCGCAAGGUUUUGCACAAUACAUGCAAAAAAUGUGGGCAGUUUAGAAUUGCUGAGACAGGACACAGCCAGUAUAGAGGACAUAUUUACUGUCCCUCCAAUGAAAGCAUGACAAAGGAGCUUUGGCUAUAACACAUUAAAAAGCAAAAAUAAAUGUGAAUCUGUUUCCUCUUUGUCUUGUUUUA